GCUGAAGGCGCCCAGCCCCGCGCCCACUGCCCAGGCACAGCGAGCACCCCCCGAGCCCCAGCCCGCAGGCCGAGCGAGCGGCGCCCGGGACAGGCCGGCGCGGGAGGCGGCCGCAGCGAUGCCGGGCCCGCUGGGGCUGCUCUGCUUCCUCGCCCUGGGGCUGCUCGGCUCGGCCGGGCCCAGCGGCGCGGCGCCUCCUCUGUGCGCGGCGCCCUGCAGCUGCGACGGCGACCGUCGGGUGGACUGCUCCGGGAAGGGGCUGACGGCCGUGCCCGAGGGGCUCAGCGCCUUCACCCAAGCGCUGGAUAUCAGUAUGAACAACAUUACCCAGUUACCAGAGGAUGCAUUUAAGAAUUUUCCUUUUCUGGAAGAGCUACAAUUGGCUGGCAACGACCUUUCUUUUAUCCACCCAAAGGCCUUGUCUGGGUUGAAAGAACUCAAAGUUCUAACCCUCCAGAAUAAUCAACUGAAAACUGUACCCAGUGAAGCCAUUCGGGGACUGAGUGCAUUGCAGUCUUUGCGUUUGGAUGCCAACCAUAUUACCUCCGUCCCCGAGGACAGUUUUGAAGGCCUUGUGCAGCUGCGGCACCUGUGGCUGGAUGACAAUAGUCUGACCGAGGUGCCUGUGCGUCCCCUCAGUCACUUGCCGACCCUGCAGGCCCUGACCUUGGCUCUCAACAAAAUCUCCAGCAUCCCUGACUUUGCAUUUACCAACCUCUCAAGCCUGGUUGUACUGCAUCUUCAUAACAAUAAAAUUAAAAGUCUGAGUUCACACUGUUUUGAUGGACUGGAUAACCUGGAGACCUUGGACUUGAAUUAUAAUAACUUGGGAGAAUUUCCUCAGGCUAUUAAAGCCCUUGCAAGCCUAAAAGAGCUUGGAUUUCAUAGUAAUUCUAUUUCUGUUAUCCCUGAUGGAGCAUUUGGUGGAAAUCCACUUUUAAGAACCAUACAUUUGUAUGAUAAUCCUCUGUCAUUUGUGGGGAACUCAGCAUUCCACAACUUAUCUGAUCUACAUUCUUUAAUCAUUCGUGGUGCAAGCAUGGUGCAGUCAUUUCCCAAUCUGACCGGAACUGUUCAUCUGGAGAGUCUGACCUUGACAGGUACAAAGAUAAGCAGCAUACCUGAUCAUUUAUGCCAAGAACAAAAGAUGCUGAGGACUCUGGACUUGUCUUACAACAAUAUAAGAGACCUUCCAAGUUUCAAUGGUUGCCAUGCUCUGGAAGAAAUUUCUUUGCAGCGUAAUCAGAUCUACCAAAUAAAAGAAGGUACCUUCCAAGGUCUGAGCUCCCUAAGGAUCCUAGAUCUGAGUAGAAACCUGAUCCAUGAAAUUCAUAUCCGAGCUUUUGCCAAGCUUGGGCCAAUAACUAAUCUAGAUGUAAGUUUCAAUGAAUUGACUUCAUUUCCUACGGAAGGCCUGAAUGGGUUAAAUCAGCUGAAACUGGUAGGCAACUUUAAACUGAAGGAAGCUUUAGCUGCUAAAGACUUUGUUAAUCUCAGGUCUUUAUCGGUACCAUAUGCUUAUCAGUGCUGUGCAUUCUGGGGUUGUGACUCUUAUGCAAAUUUAAACACAGAUGAUAACAGCCUCCAAGACCACAGUGUGACAAAGGAGAAAGGUACUGCUGAUGCAACAAAUAUCACAAGCACUGCUGAAAAUGAAGAACAUAGUCAAAUCAUUAUCCACUGUACACCCUCAACAGGUGCUUUUAAGCCCUGUGAAUAUUUACUGGGAAGCUGGAUGAUUCGUCUUACUGUGUGGUUCAUUUUCUUGGUUGCAUUGUUUUUCAACCUGCUUGUCAUUUUAACAACAUUUGCAUCCUGCACAUCACUGCCUUCCUCCAGAUUGUUCAUAGGCUUGAUAUCUGUGUCUAACUUGUUCAUGGGAAUCUAUACUGGCAUCUUAACAUUUCUCGAUGCUGUGUCCUGGGGCAGAUUUGCUGAAUUUGGCAUAUGGUGGGAGACAGGCAGCGGCUGCAAAGUAGCUGGGUUUCUCGCAGUUUUCUCCUCAGAAAGUGCCAUAUUUUUACUGGUGCUAGCAGCUGUUGAAAGAAGCUUAUCUGCAAAAGAAAUCCUGAAAAAUGGGAAGAGCAAUCAUCUCAAACAGUUCCAGGUGGCUGCCCUGUUUGCUUUCCUGGGUGCCACAGUGGCAGGCUGCUUCCCCCUCUUCCAUCGAGGGGAGUAUUCAGCAUCACCCCUGUGCUUGCCAUUCCCCACGGGAGAAACUCCAUCCUUAGGUUUUACAGUAACUUUAGUGCUGUUGAACUCACUCGCAUUUCUAUUAAUGGCCAUUAUUUACACCAAACUCUACUGCAACUUGGAAAAAGAGGAUCUCUCAGAAAACUCCCAGUCAAGCAUGAUUAAGCAUGUUGCUUGGCUAAUCUUCACCAACUGCAUCUUUUUCUGCCCUGUUGCAUUUUUCUCAUUUGCACCGCUGAUCACUGCCAUCUCUAUCAGCCCUGAAAUAAUGAAGUCUGUUACUCUGAUAUUUUUCCCAUUGCCUGCUUGUCUGAAUCCAGUCCUAUACGUUUUCUUCAAUCCGAAGUUUAAAGAAGACUGGAAGUUACUGAAGCGACGUCUUACCAAAAGUGGAUCUGUUUCAGUUUCCAUCAGCAGCCAAGGCGGUUGUGUGGAGCAGGACUUCUACUAUGACUGUGGCAUGUAUUCCCACUUGCAGGGGAACUUGACCGUAUGUGACUGCUGCGAAUCUUUUCUCUUGACGAAGCCACUUUCGUGCAAACACUUAAUAAAGUCACACAGUUGUCCUGCACUGGCAGUGGCUUCUUGCCAAAGACCAGAGGGUUAUUGGUCUGACUGUGGCACGCAGUCGGCACACUCCGACUAUGCAGACGAAGAAGAUUCCUUUGUUUCAGACAGUUCUGACCAGGUGCAGGCCUGUGGACGUGCCUGCUUCUACCAGAGUCGGGGAUUCCCUUUGGUACGCUAUGCUUACAAUCUACCAAGAGUGAAAGACUGAACUACUAUGUUUGUAACCAUUUUCCCCAGCAACCAAAAUCACAGUGUUUGUAGAGUGGACCCUAUUCUUAUGUUUCGUCUGGGAAGCACUUCUGUAGUCCCUGCCUGGUGUCACGGAGAAGCGGAAGGUGGCAGUUUAUUCCUCAAAGCAGUCGUUUUCAAAGAGCAGGUGCCUAAAUUAUAAAUUGGUGAAAGUAAUGCAGUGUUGAAGCAAUAUGUGGUCUAUUUGAAAUAAAUAUAUAAUUUUAAAGAAGAUCUUGGGUAUGGUGUGGCAAAAUAACAUUAGGUUGUCUGAGUCAUAAGAGCAAAAUGAUAACGAUUUCUGAAUUAAGCACAGUAUAAAAACAGCUGUUAAGUUUUUUUUAAGCAAGUUCUAAAAUGUAAUUUCAUAUAACUGAAAAAGACGUUUUGUUAAUUUUACCUAAACUUACACCAUUCAUCUCAGGACAAUUCAGUGCAGGGCCAAGAAAGGGACAGUCUCCCAGCUAGAACUGUGAGAAUACAAAAUGGCAUUAUUUUAUUGUGUUUUCAGUUUCCAUGUUUGACAUCUAAAAUCUGAAGAUGUUUUAAAAACAAUAUUAACAGUUUGAUUUUUUUUUUUAAGUAGCUGAAUUUGUUUUGGUAUGAUCGUGUUUUUUUUUUUUCUUUUUUUUCCUGAAUAUUUUGCAAUCGCGCUACUUGGAAAAAAAUAAAGGAAUAACUGCUGUGUGAGGUUAGUGGAUUUGGCUAAAUGAUGAACUCAUUUGGGGGCUUUAAUAGUACCUGAGGGGUUUGAUGGCUCCAUGUGAUGUUCCUAUCAAUAAAUACUUCCGAAAGUCAUGGAUUGGCUGCAAUUUUCCAAUUUUGUUAGUAUGCCAUCUAUUUGUAGUUUGGAUUAUUUAAGAAGCAAGUUUUGAUAAAUAAUUAUUAGAGGGGAGAAAAUGAGAGCAAUUCUGACACAAAGCACUUACAUCUGUUUGUAAUGAGCUAGAUUUCCCUAAACCUAUGCUACACGUGGAAGCUCCUGCAUGUUCUCUGCCACAGUGUGACCCACAGAAGACCACAGCUCAGAUGCUGAGCUCCUGCUGGACAAAAGUGUCAUCUGUGAGAGGUGGGGAAGGAGGAAUAAAGUUUGCUCCUAUGUUGUUAAAAGGUAAAACCUCUCACUUAGGAACUUUGACAUAUUAUCAUGUGGCGUCCUACAGUUAAAAAUUGUCGAAUAUGCUUUUGACAAUGUGCUAAAUCAAUAGCAAACCCACUGCCAUAUUAGUUGUUCUGGAUAUACUAAAAAAAAUUAAGCUAGGUUGCAGUUUAAUAAUUAAACUGUACAAACUGUGCAUAGACUGAAUUUUUAUCUUGUGUAAAUUAUUUUUAGAGUAAAAGUUGGGAAAUGUGGCUUCUGUUCAUUUCGUUUAAUUAAAGCUACCUCCUAAACUAUAGUGGCUGCCAGUAGCAGAAUGUUAAAUUGUGGUUUAUAUACUUUUUUUGCAGUGUAAAUAGUCUUUGUUGUACAUUGUCAAUGUAAUAAAAACAGAAUCUUUGUAUAUCAAAAUCAUGUAGUUUGUAUAAAAUGUGGGAGGGAUUUAUUUACAGUGUAUUGUAAUUUUGUAAGGUCAACUAUUUGCAAGUUUUAAAAAUUGCUAUCAUGUUUGUAUAUUUACACAGCUGAUAAAUAUUAAAUCAACUUGGUAAGAAAAUUCUAAUUAAAAUCUUUUUCAAAAAUCAAGUUAUUGAAAAUUUUCUUUUUUUCUCCUAAAAAGUAAAAUGGCAGUUACAUUAUACAAAAUAUUUGGUAAACUGUGCUAUAUGUAUAAUGUAAAUAUAAGGCUGUAUUCAACGUUUUGAAUUAUUAUCAUUUUUGUUAAAACUUUAAUUAUUAAAAUCUGUUCAUGUUAGCUUA